AUGGAGAAGAGCAAUGAGACCAAUGGCUACAUCGAAGGCAAGGGGCCGGCCUCGGAGCCCGGGGCCUCCGAGGCCGGUGCGCUGGGGCGGGCGCGGCGUUGCGGGGGCUUCCUGCGUCGCAACGCGCUGGUACUGCUGACCGUGUCUGGGGUGCUGGCGGGCGCCGGGCUGGGCGCGGCGCUUCGGGGACUGGAACUGAGCCCCGCUCAGGCCACCUACCUGGCCUUCCCCGGGGAGAUGCUGCUCCGCAUGCUGCGCAUGGUGAUCCUGCCCCUCGUGGUCUGCAGCCUGGUGUCGGGCGCGGCCAGCCUGGACGCCAGCUCUCUGGGCCGCCUGGGGGGCAUCGCGGUCGCUUAUUUCCUCCUGACUACACUGGGCGCUUCGGCGCUGGCUGUAGCUCUGGCUUUCAUCAUCCGGCCAGGAGCCGGCGCCGGGGCCCUUCUGUCCAGCGACCUGGGAUUGGAGAACUCAGAAACACCUCCAGUCACCAAGGACACCAUAGAUUCGUUUCUUGACUUGAUCAGAAACCUGUUUCCAUCUAACCUUGUGGUUGCUGCUUUCCGCACAUAUGCAACCGAUUAUACGAGAGUCAUCCGUAACACGACCUUUGGAAAUAUCACUUUGGAAAAGCCCAUGCAGGUCCCCUAUGGCACAGAGAUCGAAGGGAUGAACAUUUUGGGUUUGGUCCUCUUUGCCCUGGUCUUAGGAGUGGCUUUGAAAAAGCUAGGCUCAGAAGGAGAAGAACUGAUCCGUUUCUUCAAUGCCUUCAAUGAGGCAACCAUGGUGCUAGUGUCUUGGAUUAUGUGGUAUGUUCCUCUAGGAAUCAUGUUCCUUGUUGGAAGUAAAAUUGUGGAAAUGAAAGACAUUGUCACCUUGGUGACCAGUCUGGGAAAAUACAUCUUUGCAUCAAUUCUGGGCCACAUCAUCCACGGAGGAAUUGUUCUGCCACUCAUUUAUUUUGUUUUCACUCGGAAAAAUCCAUUCCAAUUCCUUCUUGGACUCCUCACACCAUUUGCAACAGCCUUUGCGACUUGCUCCAGCUCAGCAACUCUGCCAUCCAUGAUCAAAUGCAUCGAAGAAAAUAACGGUGUAGAUAAGAGGAUCAGCAGGUUCAUUCUUCCCAUCGGGGCCACCGUGAACAUGGACGGGGCGGCCAUCUUCCAGUGUGUGGCCACUGUGUUCAUUGCCCAGCUGAAUAACGUGGAGCUGAAUGCCGGACAGAUAUUCACCAUUCUAGUGACCGCCACGGCAGCCAGCGUGGGAGCAGCCGGUGUGCCGGCAGGCGGAGUUCUCACUAUCGCCAUCAUCCUGGAAGCCAUUGGGCUGCCCACGCACGACCUCUCCUUGAUCCUCGCUGUGGACUGGAUCGUGGACCGGACCACCACGGUGGUGAACGUGGAAGGGGAUGCCCUGGGGGCCGGCAUCCUCCAUUAUCUGAAUGAGAAGGCCACUCGGAAGGCGGACCACGAGCUCUGCGAGGUGAAAGUCGAGGCGGUCCCCAACUGCAAGUCAGAGGAGGAGACGUCCCCCCUGGUGACCCACCGAAACCCGGCUCCUGCUCCGGCAGAUGGCCCCGAGUUAGAGUCCAAGGAGUCGGUCCUGUGAGCCAUGGGGCCGGCCCUGCCACAGCUGGACCCAGCCCGCUUCGUGGACUUGUUCCUCGUGGGGGGGGGGGGCACUUGUGCCCUUUAACUGCACCCUGAGGCUUCCCCGCGGGACCCUUUAUCCUGAAGCGCAACAAACACUUCCAUGUUUCUCUCUAUUCGUGUACAGACACCGCUGUGUGUGUGCGUGUACCUGCGUGUGUGCGGGCAUACGUGUGAAUCUCUGUUCUAAACCUCCUCCGGGAGCCCUGUCACCAGCACGGGUGGGUUAACGCUUGGCAAAAAGCAAAUGUGUUCUCCACAAAAGGCUGCUUAGCGCCAGGAGAAGCCCACCUUUGUGGCUUGGAGAGGGCAGGACUCCCCAACCUAGCCAACGAGCAGUAGGAAACAAAAAUACAUUUAGAAAUUGGCUUUCUCCUUCCGCUCUCCUUCACCUACCAUUCCGACCUCCCCAGCAAAUAGAAUAAUAAAGCGAGAACA